CCAAAACAGCGCCAAUGCUAAGCUAACGACUUGGUUUAUCGAAUAAGGUUUUACAUUACAAAGGCUCAUAACAUUAGCAGUUGACGCUUUGAAGCUAACGUUUGAGUUUAUUUGACCUAGUUUAGUUAUUAGCGAACGGUUUCUAUUCCGAAACUAUGGCAAUGAAAAUCGACGAUAGAACAGCAGUAGAGAUAGAAGAGGAAGAAAACUACGGGCCACAGCCUGUGUGCAGAUUGGAGCAAUGUGGAAUCAGUGCCAGUGACAUCAAAAAGCUGGAGGACGCAGGAUUCCACACCAUUGAAUCAGUGGCCUACUCACCCAAGAAGGAACUACUCAACAUCAAGGGCAUCAGUGAGGCCAAAGCUGAUAAAAUCCUAGUAGAAGCUGCCAAACUGGUACCUAUGGGCUUCACCACAGCUACUGAGUUCCACCAGAGGCGAGCGGAGAUUAUCCAGAUUUCUACAGGGUCAAAGGAGCUUGAUAAACUUCUGCAGGGUGGGAUUGAGACGGGCUCCAUUACAGAAAUGUUUGGGGAGUUUAGGACAGGGAAGACCCAGCUGUGCCACACGCUUGCUGUCACCUGUCAGCUGCCAAUUGAUCAAGGAGGUGGAGAAGGUAAAGCUAUGUACAUUGACACAGAGGGAACUUUCAGACCAGAGAGACUUCUUGCUGUUGCUGAGAGGUAUGGACUAGUGGGGAGUGAUGUUCUGGACAAUGUGGCCUACGCCCGAGCCUUCAACACAGACCAUCAGACUCAGCUGCUGUAUCAGGCUUCUGCCAUGAUGACUGAGUCCAGGUAUGCACUGCUGAUCGUUGACAGUGCCACAGCUCUGUACAGAACUGACUACUCAGGCAGAGGAGAGCUGUCAGCCAGACAGGGACACCUUGGACGUUUCCUCCGUAUGCUGCUUCGGCUGGCAGAUGAGUUUGGUGUUGCCAUUGUUAUAACCAACCAAGUCGUAGCACAGGUGGAUGGGGCAGCCAUGUUUUCAGCGGAUCCCAAGAAACCAAUUGGUGGCAACAUUUUGGCUCAUGCUUCCACCACACGUCUAUACCUAAGGAAAGGAAGAGGAGAGACAAGGAUAUGUAAAAUCUAUGAUUCGCCCUGCCUGCCAGAAGCUGAAGCCAUGUUUGCCAUAAAUCCUGAUGGAGUGGGUGAUGCCAAGGACUGAGAAACAGCAGUGUAGUGGUUGUUGUUAAACUUACUAACUGGUGUCUUGGACUGCAGGGUUGUAUGUAUGUACAGUGCUGCUUAAAGGUAUUUGCACCUCUCGGAAUUUCUCAAAAUACUCAAAACUUGAACAGAUUUUCACACAAGUCUUGAAGCUGAAAUAUUAUGCUUUUAUUCAAGAAAAUCUUAAUCACUUGUACAUAUCUGCGAGGUGCAAAAGUAAGUAAAACCUUGUUUUCAGUAUCUAGUGUAACACCUUAAUGGCAUCCUAAUGUCUCCGAUAACUUUUGACCAGUCUUCAGGAGCAGCUCAGAGGGAUUACAGAUGAUUCCUCAAAACAGAACUAUUUCAUUUCUGUACUGCAUUUCCUUCCAGAACAUUUGUAUUGCAAGACUUUGACUUGGCUUUGGCUUUGCCGCACUGCUAUGAAUGCCAUAGUUGUUCAGUGUUGUCCUGAUUUUGGACUUACGAACGUUCACCGAUGUGAGAGAGGCCUUUUGUUGCUAAGAACUUAGAACCCUUAUUCCUUUGUGAUCCCUCUGACAUUAUAUGUCUUGCUUUUGGAGUGAUUUUUGUUAGUCUACCACUCCUGUGGAAGGUAAGUUACCUUAAAUCUCUUGCAUUUAUUCACAAUAUGUCUGUGGAUUUGUUGAUUCCAAACUCCACAAACAUGUUGUGAAGAUCAGACUGUGACAAAUGUCUUUGGCCUUGAAGUGCACUUACUUUUCCACCUCACAGAUAUAUAGUUUUGGCUCAGUUUACUGAAAAACAAAAAACAAAUCAUAAUAUGUCAAUUUCAUUUUUUAAAAUGGAUUCUCUUACUAAUCUCACAACUUAUAUGGAAAUCCACAAAUGUCCAAACUUCCCCAAACUUCCGAAGGGCCAACGUACUUUUAAGCAAUGUGUGAAUUUGUGAUCUGCUUACCUUUCAAAUCAGGAGAUGGAGAGUAAGAGAUGGUAUGAUUUGGUUUGUUGGUGAUCAAGAUCACAUUGUGGUCCAGAUGUGACCUUCAGAAGCUUUCUGGUGCAACAGCUACAUGAAAAUUGUGUUCUCUGAAGAAUAGGCACAUAUUGUACAUCAAAGGAAAAGUAAAUAUAGAUUUUUUGUGCAGUGAUGCCAGAGUGUCAUAAUUGCUCAAUCUGUGAGAUACAGGUUCAAAACUAUGAUUUAGUGUCUCAAUACUAUAAGAAGAUGCUUUAUCAUAUCCUUGCAAAUGUUAAAACAUUUAUUGCAAAGUUGACAAUAUCUCAUUAUUAUAAAAACAAUAACAUAACCUUG